AUGGCCACUAUUUUGUCUGAGGAGCAGUUUCAGUGCAGCAUCUGUCUGGAUACCUACAAAAACCCUACGUCCAUCCCGUGUGGGCACAAUUUUUGUCUGGAGUGCAUCAAACUGUUCUGGGAUACGAAACCUAAGCCAGAGUGUCCACUUUGCAAAGAGAUUUUCAAAAUCCGUCCAGAACUCAGGAUCAACAAAGGCUUAAGAGACAUCACUGUGGGAUUUAAAAAAACCCUUAGGAUAAAAGGAUCGUUACACAAGAUACUCCAAAGGAGACGUCACGUAAAACAACUUAAUACUCCCGAUGUUACCUGUGACAUCUGCCACGAGUACAAGUCAGUAGCAGUGAGGUCGUGCCUCACCUGCCAGGUGUCUUACUGUGAAAUUCACCUGACACCCCAUAUGAAGGAUCCGGUGAUGAUGAUGCACAGGCUGACAGAUCCAGCCACCUUCAGUCACCUCUGCAGAAUUCACAACAAGCCACUGGAUUUAUUCUGCAAGAACGACCAGAUGCCUGUGUGUGUGAGAUGCACUGAGACGGAGCAUAUAAACCAUUACACUGUCCCUAUUGAGAAGGAGGGCAAGAAGAUUAAGAGUCAGAUCGAGAGAACUGAAGCAGAGAUUAAACAGACCAUCCAAGCCAGACUCAGAAAGAUUGAGGAGAUCAAAAUGUCAGUGGAGCAAAGCAAAACAGAGAAAGACAGAGAGAUAUGCUCAAGCGCUCAGGUCUUCACAAUGGUGGUAAGUGACAUUGAGAGAAACCAGGCUUUGCUCGUCGAGGACAUCCAGCAGAAGCAUGAGGUAUUGGAGAGGAGGGCAGAGGAGUUUCUGAGAGAGCUGAGGAAAGAGACUGAUGAACUGCAGAAGAGACGCAGCAAGCUGCAAUACCUGGUGAACAUUGAGGACCCUCUUCACAUUCUACAGAGUGUCCCCUCCCUUAGUGCUCCACAGUACAGCAGGGACUGGUCCGAGGUCAGACUCCACUCCGACAUCUACAUAGGGACCGUGAGGAGAACGUUUUCCAAGCUGGUGGACGUCUGCCAUGAACUUGAAAAGAAAUUGUGUGCAGAGGAAGUGAACAAGGCAAAUGAAUAUGCUGUGGAUAUAACUCUGGAUCCAGUGACUGCGGCAGGCUGGCUGCUUCUGUCCCCUGAUGGAAAAAAGGUGUGCAUCAACAACCAGCAGAGGAGACUCGUGCUCCCCGCCGACCCCCGCAGGUUCGACUCCUGCGUCUCCGUUCUGGGGAGGCAAAGCUUCACCUCUGGGAGACACUACUGGGUAGUUCAGGUUGGAGAUAAAACAGACUGGGAUCUGGGCGUGGCCAGGGAGUCCAUUAACAGAAAGGGGGCCAUCACGGUGCGCCCUGACAGCGGCUACUGGGCGAUCUGCAGGCGUAAAGGAGGCAGUCUGAGCGCCUGCGCCGGCCCCUCCAUCACCCUCCACCUCGAGGAAACCCCUCAGAAGGUAGGCAUCUUCCUGGACUACGAGGAAGGAUCGGUGUCCUUCUACAACACAGAAGCAAAGACUCACAUCUAUACCUACAGCGGGUGCACCUUCACUGAGCCUCUGUACCCGUACUUAAACCCCUGCCUUCAUGACAACGGGAAGAACACCGCUCCGCUGGUGAUCUGUCCUGUGGAGGGAGGGUUCACUGAAGAGAGAUCAAGACUUUGA